AUGACGGCCUCUCAGAUGCGCAUUGCGGAGACGAUUGAUGCAUUCUACGGCGAGGCGGGUACUCGGGAUGGUGUGAGCAGAAGCUACAAGCAAGCUGUGGAGGACUUGGACGCCGAGACGAUCAAAGCAUUGGACGGGCCGUACAGAACAACCGUACUGGACCCAAUUUCGCGCUUCUGUGCGUACUUCCCCGAUAUCAACGAGUGCAUUAAGAAGCGGAACCACAAAUUGCUGGACUACGACGCCAUGAGAGCGAAAGUGAAGAAGUUGGUUGAGAAGCCGGACAAGGAUGCCACCAAGCUGCCCCGCGCGGAGAAGGAGACCGAGAUGGCCAAGCAAGCAUACGAGCAGCUUAACGAGCAGCUGUUCACGGAACUUCCACAGCUCAUCGAUCUGCGUGUGCCCUAUUUGGACCCCAGUUUCGAAGCCUUGGUCAAGAUUCAACUACGGUUUUGUGCCGAAGCGUAUUCGCGCAUGGCUCAGGUGCAGCAAUAUCUCGACGCCGAGACAAGAGAUCAAUACGCCCGCGGCGAUUUGGAUAACAGGGUAGAAGAAGUUCUGCAAGAGAUCCGGGACCUGAGUAUAGCGGGGACUGUAUGA